CUCGAUCAACCCCUUGAGCAAGACGUUCUCAUAGUCUGUCACUGGUGUUACUGCAAGCCUAGUUUUUCUUGCUUUGUUUCGAACGAAGAACAUGUCUGGCAGCACCGCAAUUGUCAACACUUUUGAGAGCGCACCCUUCGAUCCAACGGGCUUCAGCAGCUUGAAUACUGAGCAACUAGCCGCUCUUAAUGCCGUUUCUUACAAUGAUCUUGCCAUCGUCGCAUCUGGCGAGCCCCGCAAAGGCGCGCUUAUCCCGAGUUUCUUGAGACCUCAGAGGCAAACUUCGUCGCUGUGCCGUAGCUGCCGUGCCAUCGACUUUGGCGUGCUGCUGGACGGCCCAAUCCGCAUCUUUUCGAAGAAGAUGGUGCGAAUACGCAGAGAAGCAGAAAGCUGUACAUUCUGCAGCCUCCUCCUGAAAAGCCUCUCCUUGCUGUACCCGGAUCUCAACCGGGUUUCCAAGGGCUACUGUGUCAUCACGGCCGCACCAUCAGUGGGUGGAGGUUCUCUGAAGAAGUCUUGGUUGUGGUUACGUUGGCAAUCGCAGAAGUUGAAGAAAAAUGAGACCGUCGCUCGUGAUCGACCAUGGGUAAGUCUGGAUGCUCCUGAUGACGAUGUCCCAACAGUCGCGUCUGCUAUCGCGCUCCAGUUAUUUGGACCUCCGAAAUCAAAAGAUCACUGUGAAACAUCAAACCUAUUGCUUGGUAGGCAAGUCCAGCCAUGUGCAGAUGUCGCGCUUCUGCGGUCGUGGUUGAAUAUCUGUCAAACCAGUCAUGAACAGCAGUGCGAACCCAUGCGAUUUCCUGGAAACUAUUUCGGUAUGAGAGUAAUCGAUGUUCAACGUCGAUGCGUCGUCUUCGCACCGGAAAAUUGUCGAUAUGUCGCCCUGAGCUACGUCUGGGGUGAGGCAAGGCAGUUGUUACUUAUCGAUGAGACACUGUCCCAGCUUGUAGAUCUCGAUGGUGCAUUGGCCGACAACAAUGUAUCAGUCCCGAUGACUAUAAGAGAUGCGAUGCUUCUUUGCGAGAUGUUAGGUGAGAAGUAUUUAUGGGUGGACGCUUUGUGCAUUCAACAGGACAGCGGUGAUGACAAAGCACGACAGCUUAACGCGAUGGGUUCGAUAUAUCAAUGCGCCGCUUUCACUAUUGUUGCUGCGUGCGGCGACGGCGCAAACUGCGGGUUGAGCGGCAUUCGCCCUGGAUCUCGAGUUGUCCAGCAACACGUCUCGCAAAUCGAUUCGUUUGCUCUAGGGUGUACACUUCCUCUAUUCGUCGAUUCAGUCUUGGACUCUGCAUGGCAUAGCCGUGGGUGGACCUGUCAAGAGAAGCACCUUUCGAGUCGCUUGUUGAUCUUCACUGCCGGGCAAGUGUUUUGGCGAUGUCGUACGAGUACGUUUUGCGAAGAUGUGUACCUUGAGACAUCUUCCGAGUCAAGCACAAUAUCGCGUCGCCUUGAGACUUCGCGGAUUAGAAAUUUCAUGAUUUCACAGGACAGUGAUCCGCACAGUCGACUAAGUCAACUCCUCGUCGACUAUACAACACGCCAAUUGAGGUAUGACUCGGACGCUCUUGACGCUGUGUCGGGUAUUCUAAGUAAAUUCGCCCCAACGUUUACCUUCUUCUGGGGACUUCCGAUAGAGAAUAUGGUCGAAUCACUUUACUGGCACUCCCCGUCAGUCUCUGUGGUCGAGCGCCGUCCAAACUUCCCAAGCUGGUCCUGGGUUGGAUGGAAAACGCCGAUUCACGGCAAUUUUUUACCAGGCGGCGGUCACCCUAUCAAAGAUAGAUAUCCGCCAGUCUAUCCCAUCACAAAGGUCUUUCGGUUGGGAAGCCGUGGACAGUGUCUACCACUUGAUGACGAUGAUGCAGUCGAGAUGAUCAAAGAGGUUGAUCGACUGGACGGCCAUUCCUUCGUCUACGAGCCGUUCAGAGACUGGCAAUGGAAUGGUGGAGAUUUCCCCGACGAUCCGUAUGACAAGCCUUACGCAUGGUAUGCGAACAAUCAAUGGCCUCUCGAACCUCCACCCCUAACACCGGAGGAAUGGCUUCAAUUGCGGCCAAUACGGAAGAAGAUUCUACGCUUUCAUACGUGGACAUUCAAAAUCCGCGUUGGGGUUGAUCAGAUGCGAGGAAUAGAGCGAACCGAGCGUACACAGCGCUAUUGGUUACAUGGCACGUCAGCAUCGAUCUGGCUUGACCGUCAGUGGCGUGAAGCGCAACAAGAGAAGCUCAUGUUCAUGGCUCUUGCACAAAGAAGAUUUCCAAACUGGGGGGCUACGACGAUUGACUUCUUCUUGAUUUGCUUUGAAGAAAAGGAUGGAGUAGCGUAUCGUGUACAACGGGUUGACAAUCAAAUUGACUCAGAUGGAAUAUUGUUCAGUAAAUGUGAACCGGAGUGGAGAGUGAUCAAUCUUGCAUAGCGUCGUCAAUGAAUCGACAGGGGGCAGAUUG